AUGUCAAAAGCCGAGUCCUCCAAAGCCGCCGCCAGCAAUGGCGUCAAACCCAACCCCAAUGCGGCUGGCGGUGCAAACUACGAGCUGCCAUGGGUAGAGAAAUACCGUCCUGUCUACCUCGAUGAUGUCGUCGGCAAUACCGAAACCAUUGAGCGCCUCAAGAUCAUCGCAAAAGAUGGCAACAUGCCCCAUAUGAUCAUCUCCGGUAUGCCUGGUAUCGGCAAAACCACGUCCAUCCUCUGUCUCGCACGCCAACUCCUCGGUGAUGCCUACAAAGAGGCUGUCCUCGAACUCAAUGCCUCGGACGAACGUGGUAUAGACGUCGUCCGCAACAGGAUAAAGGGCUUUGCGCAGAAGAAAGUCACAUUGCCCCCGGGCAGGCAGAAGCUGGUCAUCCUCGACGAAGCGGACAGUAUGACCAGCGGUGCACAACAAGCUCUGAGGAGGACAAUGGAGAUAUACAGUGCAACAACCCGAUUUGCAUUCGCUUGCAACCAGUCGAACAAGAUCAUCGAGCCGCUACAAUCGAGAUGCGCCAUCCUCCGAUACGCCCGCCUUACCGAUGCGCAAGUCGUGCGUCGCGUCAUGCAGAUUUGCGAAGCCGAAGACGUGAAAUACUCAGACGACGGAAUUGCGGCACUAGUGUUCUCAGCAGAGGGAGAUAUGCGACAAGCCAUCAACAACCUGCAGUCGACAUUUGCUGGUUUCGGCUUCGUCAAUGGCGACAAUGUCUUCAGGGUGGUCGACAGCCCGCAUCCCAUCAAGGUGCAAGCCAUGAUCAAGGCGUGCCAUGAGCAGCGUAUCGACGAUGCUCUGACAUCACUGAAGGAGCUGUGGGAUCUGGGAUACUCGUGUCAUGACAUCAUCAGCACAAUGUUCAAAGUUACAAAGACGAUUGACACGCUGAGUGAGCACGCAAAGCUGGAGUUCAUCAAGGAAAUUGGCUUUACCCAUAUGCGCAUCCUUGAAGGCGUACAGACCCUUCUGCAAUUGUCUGGCUGUAUUGCGCGCUUGUGCAAGAUCAAUAUGCAGCCCCAGCUGUUCGCACUCCCUACAUCGAAAUGA